AUGGCUGGGAGUGAUCUUUGGCCGAGGGGGAGUAUAAGGAGUUUGAUUCGAUUUUUCAACCUGACUCUGAUGACUCUGACGACUCUGAACCAUCCGCCCAAACCUCUCACUCAUCCUCUGUUCCUUCUACAUCUUCUGGUGAUCGUCAUCCUGAUGAUGAAGAGCCACCACCAACACCUCCUGUUCCUCAGCCUCCUUCUCCUGCUCAUGAUCCUCCAGCACCACCACCACCAGUACCAGCACCUUCUUGCAAGCGUGGUCGUCAACCUGGUCCUCGUCCACCCCCAGUCAGGGCUCAGGGGAGAGCCUUCAGAGGUUCCUGCUGCCACGCCAUCUACCUUGGAUGCAUCUGUCAGCAACUCUCAGGAAGUCAUUCCAGAGACAUCAUCCUUGGUUCUUGUUCAGCGCACUCUUGCGGAAUUUUGGGGCGACUAUGCCUUCAUUCUUUCUGGAGAGGAGCCUCGGAACUAUAAGGAAGCUGUACACCACCAAGUCUAG